AUUUUAAAAUGGCAACUUUGGACAUGAGAUGAAAGAUUAAUCGGCCAUUUUCCAUCAACAUUACAGCAUAAGAGGAUUUUAUUUUAUUAAUCUAAACAGUAACUGACAAAUUGUCCAAUUAAAUUCCAGGUAAAAUGACUGCCGUAGAUGAAAGGACGAUUUAUGCAAAGCUGGAAGCAAUGAAAGACAUUCGCACUAAAACACUACAAUUGGAGAAAGUUAAAUUGAAAAUUAUUAGGGAGGUAGAAAAUGGUGAUGCAGAGGAAAAAUGUCUAGCCGAAUACCGCAGGGAGCUUGAACUUCUUAUGCAGGAAAAAAUGAGUCAUGUAGAAGAGCUACGACAAAUCCAUGCCGAUAUAAAUGCGAUGGAAACGGUGAUUAAACAAGCGGAAGAGAAUAGGAUCCGAUCGAUCAACAUGGCUAACCGCUUUCAUGAAGAGUAUGUUCCGCUUAAAACGGACGUUGAUACAAUGCGUCGGGAAUACCUUGGAUUGGAACGACUUCCCGAACUACACGAAGAAGAGGGAUCAAUAAUCUCUCCAGAGUAUCGUUUUCAGAAUUAUUAUACGGGCAACAAAUCAAUUACAAAUCCUGGAACUACAUUCGCAAGGCCUCCGCUUUCUGCUCAUCACCCGUUGCCGCCGGAUGGACCCGUAACGUCACUUCAACCUUCAGCUCCACCAGGAUUUUUGGCACCACCACCCGUUGCCAUGCGCAUUAAUAAACCACCGGAAAUGCCCACCAAUCGGCUCCAGCCAGCUCCAUCUACGAUUGGAAUCGGUCAUCCGACGUUCAGGUCUGAUUUCAAUGUCAAUCUGAGACAACAACCACCACCGAUGAAGUCGUGUCUUUCGUGUCAUCAACAGAUCCACCGCAACGCUCCGAUUUGUCCGUUGUGCAAAGCCAAAAGUCGAUCCCGCAAUCCGAAGAAGCCAAAAAAGAAGGAACACUAACCCAUACGAUUUUGUGUUCAGCCGCCCAUCAUAUUUAAACGAAAGCAUUUCUUCUUAUUUAGCGUGCAAAAUUUGCUACGGCAGGCUAAAGUUUUUAAUACUAUGACUGAUUAUGUUCUAUUGAUGAAAAGUAUUUAAUGAAUAGUAGUAAGAGAUUUUGUUUCACAUCAAACAUUAUCUAGUUUUUUAUACUAAAAUGUGUGUGUUUAUAUAUCUAGCCUCUUGAAAUAUA